AUGGAUUCCUUAACUAGAGAAUGGAAUCGCUUGUCUCUUUCUGAACAAGAGGGGGAUACGUUUGACUUUGAAAACAAAAACAUCAAACCAGGAAGUAUGCUAGCGGCUAAGUUCUUCACUAAGAGAGCCCUCAGUAUUGAAGUUGUGGCUCGGACUCUUCGACCAUUGUGGAAAACAAAACAUGAGUUUCGCAUGAAAGAUCUGGGGAACCAUCUAAUUCUUUUUACGUUUGAAGACGAGUUGGAUGCUGAGAAAAUUCUAUUUAGAGCACCAUGGAGCUUUGACAAAUAUUUGGUUGCUCUCUGUCUAUACGAAACCGACCAGUCUCUAAAGGAGCUUCGCUUUGAUACGGCGGAGUUUUGGAUUCAAGUGCAUGACCUUCCUGCGAGACGAAUGACGGUUGAUGCGGCAGAAGGUAUAUGUCAAACAUUAGGACGCGUAAUCCACUGCAGCGAUGAGGAGGAAACGGAUGGAGGGGAGUUCAUGAGAGUGCGCGUGGAAUUGGAUAUCACAAAACUGCUCAGCCGUGGACGGAGAGUGCGGUUUGGCCCAGACAGUGAUGGGUGGGUUUCGUUUCGGUAUGAGCGACUCCCAAUAUUCUGCUACUGGUGUGGGAGGUUAACGCAUGUUGCAAAGGAGUCUGACGUCUGGAUUCGUAGUAAAGGGACGUUACAUGCCCAGCAACAGCAGUUCGGAGACUGGAUGCGUGCGCCUCAGAUGAGUAUGUCCAAGCAGAAGAUAAUAUCGGUGGCUGGGUAG